GGCUCCGAGCACACAAGGCUGUCUUGGGUGCUAACGAAAGCGACAGGCUCCUCACGAUGAGACGGGCGAGCGGAUGUUCACCAUUAUGGGCUCUGCCAAGGCCAAUGAGACGGCGCUCUUCCUUCUCUACGAGAACCUCGAGGCGGAGAAGAUGCGCCGCCAGCAGCAGGCUGGGCAGGCGUCCGAGUAGAGCCCGGGCGAAGGCCGAAGGACCCAUAGGCUGUGACAACAGAGCCAUGUUGCAGCCGAUGGAUCUACGCAAAUGGGACAUUCACCCAGCUGCCUAAGCGACACCGUCCAGGUUUUCUGGCUUGGGUCGGAUUUGGCAGCCCCUCGGUAUGGGUUAUCAACCAGAUCUGACUGCCGCAAGGCUUAGUAUUCAACGGAGGGAAUGAUGCGAUGACACUUUUUCUUACUCCAAAAAGCAUUCCGCCGGGUUCUUCUCUCCCACUUUCUUUCCUUGGACUGAUUUCGCUCCCCCUCAUCCUACCACUCUUUAUUCGGCGACAAGGACCCACACAACAAGUGGUUGCGGACCACAUCAGUGACCUGCUGAGAAAGGCAGAGUCCAAGGGGGCUGCCAGGGCAGGACUGCCGCCAGUCCGACUGCUCGUGGCUUCUCUAGUCACAGGGCAAACACGUCACCAGAUUUGCUACUCAACUCGAGUCCGCCACCGCUCUCCUUGCUCAUCCGUCGCGUUACCAGGCCGUCUCUCUCUGUUCUCAAGGACCCAUAUCCUCUUACACUCGACGGUUGAGCUUGGCCAAAUUCUCAUACCAACCGUAAUUGCUACUCUUCCCGCCGUCUUCACCCAGCUUCCGCAGCAGGAGGGUUGCGGCAAUUCGUGCACCAGCGACUCGCAUCGUUUGCACGACCUUGGGCUGAAGCCUGAUAUCAGUAUUAUCUUAGGGGAGACACUGAGGAAGCUCAUUUAGGUGGAGGCAGUGGGCGGAACUAGUAUAUGAAUAUCAUGACAAGUUGUGAUUAAUGCCGCCCGGUAUGUUGUUGAU